GCAUGAGAGAGCGAACGUGAGAACUCGCUUGAGAAAACCAAAAAGAAAAGCUGAAUGCUUACUGGAAGUUAUAAUCCAGGGCAAUCUAGUCUCGUCAUUCAAAAAGGCCACGAAUGUAGCCACGAGGGCCGCGCCAUUGAGCCCAUCCUUUUUCAUCAAUUCGAUUUAUUAGAUACUUUUCUUUUCGGGUUUGAAGAGUUCGACAAAAACAAAAUACAUGGAAAUAUACUUCGAAGGUCGGCGUGCGGAGAAGCAUAUUACCUAGGCCGCUGGAGAGUCGCUCGUCGCCACCUCGAUCUUUUUGCAUGGACAAAAAUGGCAGAUUGUCGAAAGACGAAGCUGUUGCAGAAAUGGCGGUUCACUUCACAGCUCGGUAAAAUCUUUCCAAGCCUCGGCCUUGCCGGGGCAUGACCAUGUCUGAAGUCCUCCUAUCUCGUUCUGCUGGUAAUGGCGACUCGAGAUAAUUUAGCUUCGAAGGGUCGUGAUAUUUAGGCUCGAUGUGGAGGACGACGUCUGUCGGACGAGCGUGGCGUUUUGUCGGAUGGAAGAACUUGAAGAAGAAGCACUCAUUCUCGACGUUCCGUCGGACAACGACGAGCCGCCCGGACAUCGUCGCUGCCAACAUCUUGAUCACGCAGCACGCGAGGGGUGGCCAGCUGGACGUCGCGCGACGCCUGUUCGACGAAAUGUCUGAAAGAACCGUCGUCUCUUGGAACACCAUUAUCGCUGGUUAUUCCCAGUGGGGAAGGUACGGGGAAGCUCUUAGCCUUGUCUCGAGCAUGCAACGCGGCGGUGUGAAGCUCAACGAGACCACUCUUUCUACAGUACUGAGCGUGUGCGCGAAUUCCCGUGCAUCGUACGAUGGGAGGCAAAUCCAUUGCCUUGUUUCGAAAUCGGGUUUUGAGGAUUUCGAGUAUGUAGGGAGUGCUUUGAUGAAUUUCUAUGCUAAUUGCCUUGAGAUCGAAGAGGCAAAGCGGGUUUUCAAGGAUUUUCGUGGUAGUAAUGACUUGUUAUGGAGUGUAAUGCUUGCGGGCUAUGUGCAUUGUGAUCUUAUGGACGAUGCUUUUGCUCUUUUCAUGGAGAUGCCUGAAAGAGGCAUUGUUGCGUGGACAACGUUGAUUUCUGGAUUUGCAAAGCGGGUCGAUGGCUGUGAGAAGGCUCUUGAGUUGUUUCGGUGGCUGAGAAAGACUAAUGAGGCGGCACCUAAUGAGUUUACUUUCGAUUGUGUUUUGAGGACCUGUGGUAGACUCAAGGCUCAGAGUGUAGGGAGAGUUGUACAUGGUCUUGUGGUAAAAUCAGGGUAUGAGUGUGAUCAAUCUGUUGGCAGUGCAAUUAUUGAAUUUUACUGUGAAAGUGAAGCGAUCGAUGAAGCAAGGAAGGUUUAUGGAAAGAUGUUGCAACCAAGUUUAAACGCUUCAAACUCUCUAAUUGGGGGACUUAUGCUGGCGGGUAGAAUUGAAGAUGCUGAGCUGAUAUUCCGUGGGUUAACUAUUAAUCCAAUUUCAUGUAACUUAAUGAUUAAAGGGUAUGCUAUGAAUGAUCGAGUUGCAGAUUCAAAAAGCUUAUUUGAGAAGAUGCCUAUGAAGACAUUAAUAUCUAUAAAUACCAUGAUUUCAGUGUAUUGCAGGACCGGUGAAAUUGAGAAGGCAUUGGAGCUUUUUGAAGAUGUAAAGGGGGAAAGAAACUCUGUCACAUGGAACUCAAUGAUAUCUGGUUAUAUUCAGAAUAGUAUGCAUGAAGAAGCAUUCAAAUUAUACGAGACCAUGAGGAGAUUAGCCAUACAUAGAACCAGAUCAACUUUCUCAGCUUUACUGCAUGCUUGUUCAUCUCUUGGAUCUCUUCAACUAGGUCGACAACUUCAAGCACAGUUGCUGAAAGCAUCAUUUGAGUCAAACGUUUAUGUUGGAACAUCACUUAUUGACAUGUAUUCCAGAUGUGGAUGCAUUGAUGAUGCUCGAAUAUCAUUUGCCAGCAUAUUUUCACCCAAUGUCGCUGCUUGGACUGCUCUUAUCAAUGGAUAUGCACAUCAUAGGCUUGGCUCUGAAGCAAUCCUUCUCUUUGAGCAGAUGUUGCAGAAAAAGGUGAACCCUAACGCAGCUACUUUUGUUGGAAUUUUAGCCGCUUGUGGCCAUUCUGGUCUGGUUGACAAGGGAAUGAAUUUUUUCCACAUGAUGAAAGACUAUGGAUUAAAACCCAACCUGGAGCAUUAUGCAUGUGUUGUGGAUCUUCUUGGUCGAUCAGGUUAUCUGAAGGAAGCAGAAGAGUUUAUAAAAGAGAUGCCGAUUGAAGCUGAUGGGGUCAUUUGGGGAGCCCUGCUUAGUUCAUGUUGGUUCUCUGGAGAUGUGGAAAUGGGUGAGAGGGCAGCUGAGAAGAUGUUUAGUGUAGAUCCUAAAACAGUAUCUGCUUAUGUUAUUCUUUCCAACAUUUAUGCAUUGUCAGGAAGAUGGAAGGAGAAGAGGAAGGUGAGGAAGCACUUAAGAGGUUUGGAAGUUAAAAAAGAUCCUGGGCGAAGCUGGAUUGAACUCAAUAGCAAAGUUCAUGUAUUCUCUGUGGAAGAUAGAAUACACCCACAAUGUAACGUGAUUUAUUCUACAUUGGAACAGAUAACAGCAAAUGUCAACUCGUUUGUGAAUCUUGGUUUUGCUUAAUGACCAACUCAUGAGAGUCACCAGUGGAAACUCUGUGACCUUGCACAUUAUCUUUCUGAAAUGUAUAUCCAGUGAUGAUGAAUAUCACCAGGAGGCUCACCAGCAGCUUGUAGGGGAAAAGAUGCCUAUUUUUGCAACCCAUCCUAAAAAAUAUUUUGACCUUUCUCAGUUUCUGUUCCACAAAGGAAAUUAGCAACAAAAGAGUUGUUUGUAAUUAGAAAAAUUGGCCUAGAAAGAUGGUUUUCUGUCCAAGAGCCAAGGCAACUUUAUACUGUCCGCUGGGAUGCUUUCAUUCACUAUCUGUUUCAUCAUAAAAAACCCUACUCGAAGGUGUGACAAGCAUUACCCUUGCCCCUGCACCUGAUAUGCCUCUGGAUCCAUGCAACAUACUAAACACUGUUUGAUCUACGGUGAGAACCAUCUGGUGUUCUGUUAAGGGUAGCUUGGGUUUUUGCAGUUUAAUAUUUAGAUUAUGUUGGCUUUUCUCUGUUUUGUAUGAUGGCUUCGUUUUUUUCAUAAUUGGUUGCUUAUCCAUUGGAUAAGGUCUUCUUGAUUUAGGCUCUGCUGUACCGUGCUGGGAAUAAACUCUGAAUAUCGUGAGCCUUUAUUUUUCCGUCUUCUCAUCCUUUUUGUUGUCUUGUUGUUUCUUCAGGUUAAAAGUGAAUGUGAGUUUAGCCUUUUCCUGGUUUUCAUGUUUAUUUUUGGGUCAAGGUUGUCCAGAAGUAAAAAUAUAUUAAUGAUAAUAAAAACACUGUGGACUCUUAUGUUUCUGUUCCAAUCUUCCUCUUGAUGGACUGAGGCAUCAUACUUUAUUAUACUGUAGUGUGCCACACCCAUUCUUUGUCAUUGUCAUGGUUCACCAGCCCUAAAUGGAACUUUUGUGCAUUGCUAUAAUUGUUCACGUUGAUCUUUCUGUCACCUGUUCAAUUUCAUGUUUGGUCUUUUGCAUAGAACCAUUUUCACAUUACCGUCACCAUGGAUGUCCUUUAAAUCUAUUAAUUGGUCUCCAGGACGUGUCCAUAUAUUGUCUGCAUUUGUGAGAAAAAAUUGUAAACUUCUAACAUGUUUAUAGAAAAAAAAAGCAUCAUGUUUCUUCAAAGUGGAGAAUCUUGGCUUUGCCACUGUAAGUAGUAUGAUCUAAACAUGUAGUUUGAUUUCUGUUAUUGUUUCCGGUUGGGUAGUUGGAGUAUCUUGCUGGAGGGGCUUACAGAAAUUUGACGAGACUUCAUCUAAUGAAGCUAGGCAGCACUGGCAUCAGAGGGUCAGUAUACUAAGAAAUCACCUACAUCCUCCCCUGCAUGCCAAAAAGUAAACAAAAAACUUGGGUGAGUUGCUAUCUUCCUCCCAUUCUUUGCAUUGUCAUUUUUUUUUUUUUUGGUAGUUAUGUGUUGCCGGGAGGCAAAGUCCAAUUGUUGUGGAACAUCCUGAAGAUCAAAAGCUUGCAAAAUGUAAUUGCUGUGGUCUCACAAGUCAAAGAUCCUGAAUGAAUUGGGGGUGCUGGUCUGUUUUGCUGAUGUCAGUGCAAGAGAGUAUUGAUAUUGGAAAGAAGAUUGAGCUGCUGGUACAUAAAUCGAGAAUCUUUGCUGAGGUUGGCAGGGUGUGGAUCAUAUGUAAAUUUUGGCAAACAUGACCGCUAAAAGACUCUGGAUUAUACAGUUUUUGUGGGAUUCAGGGCUCAUGCGCUUAGAUAGCGACAAUCUUUCCCAAUAAUUGGGAAUUGGUUUCAUAUGUUUGAAUCAAUUUGUUUGCAUGGCAUCGACUAGUCUUUGAAGUUC